AUGAACGCUAAUCCAAAGCGUGUACGGACAUGGUAUAUUUAUAAGCCCAAAAGCAUAGCCGUAUUAUUCGAAUGUGGGGAGAAGACGGUAGUAUUCCGCAGGUUUCGCUGCAGAAUAUGCCAGAAGAGUUGGUUUAAAACCGUUGCACAUGAAAGGGUCAUAAGAAGCAAAUCUAGCUGGGUGGAAUCGUCUGAAAAAAUUCUAAGGCGUCGCGGAAUCGUGAAACCAGUGUGGACAACGAGAGGCAAGACCAAGUUGGAUAGAGAAGGGCGGCUUUUGAACUACAUGAUUUUGGAGCCGUAA